AUGGGCGCCUUGCAUCAGAAUGUUAAAAUCAAUCUUGACGGCUUCAAUGGCAGCGACGACGACACCAUGCUGGUUAUGAGACUAUUUUGGGCCAGCAGUAUACCAUUUUUCACUACAUUUUAUCUCUGUAAAGGAGCCCUUCUCGCCGUCUACGUCCAGAUAUUCCCCAUAUUCAUGCACCGACGACGAAUGCUCUUGUGGGCGGCCAUUGUGUACUGUGGCCUUGCAUAUCUCACCAGCAUCAUACUUCUCUUCACAAUUUGUUUGCCGUUGAGCAAACACUGGUCCAUAACGGAUAGCGUUGUUGGCACAGAAAAUGUCAUGUGCUCGGCCUCUUCACCGGCGAUUGUGUUCCAAGUUGGCUGGGCAUUGCACUUUUUUGGGGAUAUCUUGAUCUUCUGCCUUCCCUGGCUGAUCAUCCCAGACUUGAAAAUCAGAAAAUCGCUAAAAAUCGGCGUUUACUGUACUUUCGGCCUAGGCAUCAUCAACAUGACGUUCUCCCUCGUCCGAUUCAUCACGAUCCAAACUGCUCCUGUAGAAGCACUGCCGUUUGGCUUAGUUGAACUGUGGAGCGAACUCGAUGUCAACAUUGGUCUAUUGGUAGCCAGCCUACCAUCCCUAAGACCGUAUUUCCGAUCAAGUCGUGGGGCAGGGUAUUCGGACAAAUCAAACGGAUACAACUACAUGUCAACAGUAAAAACGCCGAUGUAUAUUACACGGAUGAGCCGGUUCGAUAUGACUGUUCCUCCGAACUUCGGCCAGCCCGUUGAUCUUGAGCAAGUUGCGGAGGGCUCAUCCACGACGAAAUCGCAGACCUCCGAUAUGGACUUGUCGGACGCUGGAAGUUUGGUGACAGGAGACAAGACCGAUACGUCGCUGCAUUCUACAUGA